AUGAAGGGCUAUCAGUGGAAUCUGCCAGGUCUGAUUGAAGCUCACUACAGCCUCAACAAUCAUCUCAUCGACGGUGGAGCGAAAGACGUCAAGCAGGCCGCUCCACCAGACGGGGGCACCAGCAAACAGGUACCCGAUCAGGCGAUUCCCCACAACAGAACCAAAACGUCUCUUCAAUCUCGGAAAGAUGACGGUUCCAGAUUUGCAGGCGAUGAAACUUCAAAAUCAGCCAAUCUUAUCAAUAUGACACAUGUAUCUGAAGCUCUGGCCGCUCCAUCUUCUGUUGCAAACAUCCAUGCCGGUGCAACUCAUCUUAACUCUGAGGCCGAUCCAGACUCCCCAGCCAAAGAGCCCUCUCAAUCUCAAACUGAUGAUAUCACACAAAUUGUCCCGAGUGAUUCAAUGGACAAAAUGGACGGAACCUCCUCCAAUCAAUCUCAAGAUUCUAGUGGUGCAGAAGAGUUGCACUCAACCGCGGCUGCUCCACACGAGUGUCAGCCUCAGUGA